AUGAGUCUGAAACGUUGGUUUAGCCGCAAGAAGAAGACAACAAAUUCAUCGUUUCCGACGCCAAUGGUAUCAAGGACAACGUCAUUAAACUCACGGGCACAGAUUGAGGAGGAACUUGAACAUGUGUUUAAGAAAUUUGAUGUGAAUGGUGAUGGCAAGAUCUCGGCUUCAGAGCUAGGUUCAAUAAUGGGAAGCUUAGGCCAUGUUGCUUCGGAUGAAGAGCUGGAAAGCAUGAUCAAAGAGGUUGAUGCUGAUGGAGAUGGAUUUAUUGAUUUACGCGAAUUUAUUGAGCUGAACACGAAAGGCAUUGAUUCUGAGGAAGUGUUGGAGAAUUUAAGGGAGGCAUUUUUGGUUUUUGAUAUUGACAAGAACGGAUUGAUCACGGCUGAGGAGCUGCAGAAUGUGUUAGAGAGUCUAGGAGAAAAAAGUACGAUGUCGGAGUGUCAGAAGAUGAUUCAGGGAGUUGAUGCUAAUGGCGAUGGGAUGAUUAAUUUCGAGGAGUUUAAGGUUAUGAUGACGAAAGGCGUACAAUUUGGUUCAAAGUAG